UGUUAGUCACGUGUCAGCUACGGCUUUCAGUGGUCACAUGACGGAGGAGACUUAAAGGGAAUGCUACUGUGGCUUGAGGAAGGUCUGCUGAAACCUUAAUCCCGGAAGAGAGCGGAGUGGUCUUCAAAGUUCAUUUGAAUUUAACAUCUAGAACAGCAUGGCAGAUGAGCUGAAAAGGUUCUUGUAUAAAAAGCUACCAAGUGUUGAAGGGCUUCAUGCUAUUGUAGUGUCAGAUAGAGACGGUGUGCCUGUUAUCAAAGUUGCCAAUGAUAAUGCUCCAGAGCAUGCUCUUCGACCUGGCUUCUUGUCAACUUUCGCACUUGCAACAGACCAGGGCAGCAAACUGGGACUUUCCAAGAACAAGAGUAUUAUCUGUUACUACAACACAUAUCAGGUUGUUCAGUUCAAUAGGUUACCUUUGGUGGUGAGUUUCAUUGCAAGCAGCAACGCCAAUACAGGAUUAAUCAUAAACUUGGAAAAAGAACUUGCUCCCUUGUUUGAAGAGCUCUGGCAGGUUGUGGAGGGUUCUUAACUUGUGGCUAAUCCCCAGAGCGCAGCCUCUCUUCCAGCCAAACAGGCAGAUGAUUUCAACAGCCCAUCACAGCGGUCUUGGAGGAAAUUCCAAUUAUCUCUUAUUAUUCUAAACUUUAAAAUUGUACACAGUGCUGAAUCUGAAGUGAAAUAUUGGUAUGUUUCUAAAGUAAGGACGAGAGAUGUAAGCUAAGGUAAGAAAAGGAGACUUAAGAUUAUGGCUGCAGCUGCUUUGGUUGAAUUGUGGGGUCUUGUGGGGACCAUCUAAUGACUCCUGUGGAGUUAACCUCAGGCUAUACAAAAUACGCCACCCACAGCGCCCCUCACUGUCAUGGUGCAUUUUUUUUUCUGAACUACCAUGCUAUAAUUUGGGAAAAGGAAAUGUAUUUUCACACUAUUUUGGAAUGAAAUAUGCUUGAGAAUUUGCUAGUAUUGAUAAACAAUCAGUGACUGAUUUUAUGUUUGGAGAGCUAAAUACCAAUAACCUGAGUUAGAUACCUUUCUGCAGACGCUUUCACGGCAGUUCUGUUCUGUACUUCUUCAGCCUUCUUUGACACAAAGACCAAGCCAAUCAGUGUGUUUUCUCUUCAUAUCCAUCUGUAAAGUGUUAUGGUUGAAAUCUCCCAUUUCAUCCUGGUUCCCAUUUGAUGUCUGAGUAUGCUUAAUGGUGGCCUUUGUCUGGCUCAUUUUUCUGUGCUUGUCCCAAAACAAAUCCAAAUAAAAGAGUGGGUGAGA